GCCAACAACAAGAAUACAGCGUUUUGGAUCCAUUACUGUUCUAAUGCCAAGAAAUUUCUCAGUCUCUAUUUGAACAGAGGACCAGAACGUUGACAACAACAUUAUAUGACAAAUAAGUUCCGACAUACUGAAGAACAUGAAUCAUCGUAUUUAUUACAUAUUUCAGGAGUCACAUGCAGUUUAUUAAUUAUCUUAACAUCUCAUCCAAAUCACGCCCUGUAAGUUUACUUGCAGUUGAACCAACACCUUCAGUUAUUGUGUCUACAAACUACGUAUAAGUGCAUUUCACACAUUCAAUGAAACAGAAAUGAAGUACAAAAUUAAACAUGGUAGAUGUAUAAGUAGAAAAUACUUAAACCAAAAAUCAAACCUGUUCUUUUUUUGUCAUUCUUGUGUGUAAACGAUCUGCAUUAAGAAGACCAGUCUAAUUUAGAUACGGUAAAUAAUAGCCAAGAACUCUUCUCCACAGCAUGUGCAUGCAUUGUGUGUGUGUGUGUGUGUGUGUGUGUGUGUGUGUGUGUGUGUGUGUGUGUGUGUGUGUGUGCGUGCAGUGUGUGUUUUUAUAGAUGGGGCCUACUCUCGAAAAACUCUCUGGGCUCUCCUGUGCCUGCGGGUUUUAGCUAUUGAAGUUCUCCUUUCUCACAGAGUAAGGCACUAUUUCACAGAAUAACAGCGAUUCCUCCAAUCAUUCACACAGUCAGAGGGAACAAAGAACAAGCUUGAGAUAACAAACGACGCACUGAGAGGACAGCUUCCUACCAGCCUGGGCCCUGGUCCUGUGGGCAUUCUUUGGUGUUAAAGGUGCUUUUCCCACAAAUUUCUACCAGUGGGACCCUGUUUUAUAAGGGCUCAGAUUGUUGUUUGAGUGUAAGCUAACCCCAGGUUUUCUUGGACCCCUACAUACACAUUUUUAGCCAUCUGACCGUAGGCCUCAGUAUCCCAGACAAUAAGAGACUGUCUCUUGUUACAGAUUGGCUAACACCUUGCCAAAAACUGCUGGGUGGUGGCCAGGAUACCGACAUGUCUAGAACAUUAGAAACCAUCAAUUCAACUGUUUCCAUCUUAAACUUUGACUCUUACUCAUCACUUUCAUUCUUAUUUCUUCACCACUCCUUCCAAUACUAGAAUGAACAGAAAAUGGAUAGGAUGUGUUUCCUUGCUUCGCAAAGUUGAAAUUAUGCAAAGGAAGGCCUGCCCCUAAACAGUUGUUCUUUGUCAUUCAAAUAUACCAGAUGUUAGAUUAAUGUUAUUGCUGUGCUUGUUGUUCCACGUGCAUUACCCUUUGAUGUUUUAACUACAACAAUAAUGGUUUUCUUUGUGGAGCUGGUACUUGAGAGGAGAGCAAAUAAACACACAGGAGGGAGGUUGCAUCAAAGUCCAGUGGCAGUCUCUGCAGCUGUGCAGGCAAACCCUCUGCCCGUCAGCUGGUGCAACAGUUUCAGCAGUUUCUCACCUCAGACAUAUAAACGGGAGUAGCGUGACAAAAUAUUGGUAUCAGUUUAUAUGCCAUUAGAAAUGCAUAAUUUUGAAGACACCAUGCCCUUAUUAAAGUGACAAAUUUAUCGCAGUGGAUUUCCUGGAUAGAAUAGCUCAAAUUUAAUUUAUUAAGAGACAUAUGGAGAGAUUUUGUUAUUUCUGUAAAGCAGCUUUUUACAUUGGCUGUAAAUUUCAAUUCAUCUCCCUCAAUUCAAUAGGUUUCUAAAUUAUCGCUUCUAUUCCUGAUUUGCAUAUUUAUGCUCAAAGGAAUUCUCAGUGACUGAUGCAAUACUUGUUACUAGUUUCAAGUUAGUGAACAUGAACAAAAACUUCAUUGCUGCCUAUACACAUGAAUAGGGGCCCAGGGUCUAGCUCUUUCUCUCAUAUACACACACACAUACAUUUAUAUAUAUAUAUGUAACUGCAUAUAGGCUAUGUCUCUCUCUCUCUCUCUCUCCACACCAAAGAUACCAGACAGUAAAACAUUUGGCAGAGACCAUAACAUGUAACAUUAUAAUUGUUUGUAAAUUGUCUUUGCAAACAAAGGACUCUGUUUCCUCCCAUGAGCUUUACUGAUAAAAUCUACUAUAAAAUUGUUCCCUUCCUACAAGUUAUGUAUAAUCAUCCAACCAGUAGAGUAGAAGUCAUCAUGAAUGGACAUUUUACUGAAAGAAAUAGCCUGAAAAUCUUCACAUAAUGAUAAAUAAUCAACUUUGCCUCCAGUCUAAAUCAAACAAAUCCUAAUUUUUCUAAAUGUAGUGAAUGUGUCCACAUAGCCCAAAGAUUUGACUUUUGGUUAUAUUCUUCGUCACAUACGGUCUUACAGUGUUAUUUUUAUGAGACAAUAAUUAAGGUUUGAACCACACAUCAACAGACAAUCUUGUGUAGAAUCAUAAGCUAACAUUAAGAGAUGAAUAAAACCUAAAAUACAAUAGAUACAUCUGCGUAAAAAAAACAAAACAAAUUUAAUAGUGUUUUGUAUUGUGUUUUAAUGAAGGUAAUGGAAAUUGAUUGGUAAUUCGUCACGGCCUAUUUAAACCCUGCCUCCUACACACGUCACGGAAAGGAGUUGCCUCUCGUGGUUACAUAGAGAGCAUCCUGUGGAGUAUGUUUCAGUAGCGAAAAGGAAGCCGGCAUCUGUGUCCGUGACACUAAAACUAACUCCCGCCACAGUAUCGGUCUUUUUUUUUUUUUUUUUUAGGGGGGGACUGUUGGUGAUUUUAAGAUAAGUUUCAGGGCAACUUUGAGUGCGCACAAUGGCUGAAAAGAUAGACAUGGAGGAAGGGAAGGCAUCCAACGGCGAGGCUCACCUCGAUGAGCCGCUGGCCAACGGACUGAACAGCCCAAAGAAGAGCAGCACGGAGCCGCUGUCCGAGCGGGUGAAGAGGAUAGUGCUGGCAAACCUGCUGGUGAUUCUCACCGUGGCCGGUGUCAUCAUCGGUGUUUUUAUCGGACUCGGUGUGCGCAACGUGGCACUCACCCGGACCCAGAUCCUCUACAUAGGUUUCCCCGGCGAGCUGCUCAUCCGCCUGCUAAAGAUGAUCAUCAUCCCGCUGGUGGUCUGCAGCCUGGUGUCCGGGGCGGCUAGCAUCGACCCGAAAGCCCUGGGCAAACUUGGCGGCUGGGCUAUGCUCUUCUUCCUCGUCACCACCUUGAUUGCCUCGUCCAUCGGGGUCGUGAUGGCUUUCAUCCUCACCCCUGGUGCGGUGACAGUCGGGAAACCCACGGUACAAGGCUUGGAUGGAGACGUUCCUGUUGCAAAAGAAGUGAUAGACUCCUUCUUAGAUUUGAUCCGAAACAUCUUCCCCUCCAACCUGGUGUCAGCUGCCUUUCAAUCAUAUGCAACCAGCUACAAGCUGGUUACAAGGAACGGCACAGAUGGAAACCCUAACAUCACAGUGGAGAAGGUUCCCUUUGGAACGGACCAGGAUGGCAUGAAUAUUCUUGGUCUGGUAGUGUUUGCCAUUGUGUUUGGUGUGGCUUUAAGAAAGCUGGGAGAGGAAGGAGAGAUCCUCAUCAAGUUCUUCAACUCCUUCAACGAGGCCACCAUGGUGCUGGUCUCCUGGAUCAUGUGGUAUGCCCCUCUCGGUAUCAUGUUCCUUGUAGCUGGCAAGAUUGUUGAGAUGGAGGACGUUGGCACACUGUUUGCCAGUCUGGGAAAAUAUAUAGCCUGCUGUAUCAUUGGACAUGCCAUCCAUGGCUUACUUGUGCUGCCCGCCAUCUACUUCAUUAUUACAAGGAAGAACCCAUACACCUUCCUCUGGGGAAUAUUCACAGCUCUGGCAACAGCCUUCGGAACAAGCUCCAGCUCUGCCACCCUGCCUCUGAUGAUGAAGUGUGUGGAGGAAAAUAACGGCGUAUCCAAGCACAUCAGCCGUUUCAUCCUUCCCAUCGGAGCGACGGUCAACAUGGACGGAGCUGCUCUCUUCCAGUGUGUGGCUGCAGUUUUCAUCGCUCAGCUGAACAACGCUUCCCUUAACUUCAUCCAAGUCAUUACCAUCCUUGUGACAGCUACAGCAUCCAGUGUUGGAGCAGCAGGUAUACCUGCUGGUGGGGUGUUGACCCUAGCUAUUAUCCUGGAGGCAGUAGGACUUCCCACCAAUGACAUCUCUCUCAUCUUGGCUGUUGACUGGCUUGUUGACCGUACCUGCACAGUGCUGAAUGUAGAGGGUGACGCCUUCGGCGCUGGGCUCUUGCAGUUCUUUGUCGACCGUACAUCCAAACAGGAAGGAGGAACAGAGCUGAGCGAGGUCAGGCUGGAGGGCAACCCAACUGCUGCUGAACCCGAGCACUCGCCGCUCAUUGAGAAGCGAGGCGGGAGGGAAGAAAAAGAGUCUGCCAUGUAAACCUGUUGAUGACAUCAUCAAGAACUCCCUCACUUAUCUGACACUCCUGCAAGUUGAAACCUGAGGUUCACGCCCCCUCUCCUGUUGUUUUUUUUAUUUAUUUUUCUGCCCUGAAGUAAAGAGUGCAAGGAGAGAGACUGGACAUGCACACUACAAUGCAAAGAGAAGCCCUCUGUUCUAAACACUUUUCUGAGCGGGAGAGCAAGAUGUCCUAGGAGAAAUUCAAAAUCCAUAUUAUGCAAAAUGACUUUGGUUUUCUUUUCAAAGGGACAUUAUUGGAGGUUAGUCUAGAAGCUUUGUUGGCUCAAACUGAUGUUGCAUUUAUUCGGUCCUCACUAACUUUAAAAGCAGAAUUUUAUCAUGUGAUCAAGUGUGUGUCUACCAGGUAUACAUCAGUCACAUCAGUAUAUCAUGUGACCAAUAUAUAUAUAUACAUCCACUAGGAUGUCAAGAGGCUAGACCAGUGACCCCCUGCAAGACCUCCUCAGAAACGUCAGAUCUAAUGUUACAAAUAUAAGAAAUGUUACAUUCAUUUAUGAUGUGAAGAUGAAAGUUAUACAUGGGUGUGUUCACCUAUUGGUCUAUUGUCACCACCUUGCCAGAUCUCAUUUAUCACUGAUCCUGCAUUUAGCAAAUCUCUGGUGGUCACCACACUAUUCACUACUAUUAUUAUUAUUAUUAUUAUUAUUAUUAUUCACUAUCAUUUUAAUCAAAGCUUCCAGGUGGAAAACAUGAACAUUUCUGACUUAAAGUUGACGAGGACCACUCUACAGCGCUAUGCACCCAGUCUGAAUUAGCAAGACAGUUUUCAUAUUCAUCUGGAAUCUAUUACCUUCAAAAUGUUUGUUACUGUCACCUUUUUUUGUUUGUUUGUUUUUUUUUUUUUUAAAUGUCAAAUUUCAAUCUUCCCUUUUUGAAGAAAAUAACAAAGAGGCAUCAUAUGUGUUGUAAACUGUAUCGUUAUAUGCUGCAAAUUUUAAAACGUGUAUUUUAUUAUACAUGAUUAUUGCCACUUUCAUGCAGAUUUCAUCUUAAGCUUAUAAUGAAUAUGGCUAUGGUGAUGUAUGAUGAAAUGCACAAACACUUGUUAUAAUUUUUAAUGGGGGCUGAAGGCUUUUUAGUAGUCUUAUUGUGUCUUUGGUUAUACCCUUAGACUGUAGUGGUUCUCUUGUGUACAAUGCCUUUCUCAUGGUGAGGAAAAAAAAACUGUAUACUUGUAAAACCUGUUCUCAAGAUCUAGGUUUCACACUCCAAAGCACACUAAAUGAGUUGAUCUCCUCGAUAACAUCCCAAAGCUGAAUCAAGGACUUUUUUUUUUUUUUUUUUUUUGUCUCUCAAGGACUCACAAUAUGUCAUCAUGCAUGGAUACACACACACACACACACACACAGAUUGACCUCCGAGCAUCUCUGCCUCUUCAGAUGGACGUCAGUGCUAUGGCAGGCAGCAUAACCUCAGGUUUACCUUUUUGCUUGAAGACUGUCCUUCAGCUGCUCCUUUAUACCCUAAGACCAAAAAUCACACCGACUCAGCAAACAGGAAGGAGACUGUCAAACUCCUGAUGACACUGAAUGACUUUUCAAGGGAGAUUUUUUUUUUUUUUUUAAAUUAUGGCCUACAUUUUAUUCAUGCUGUUGCUCUGUGCUUCUUAACAAGGUACAAAUGGGUUUUAAAGCACAGUGUGUGACAAGGAUUAUUGACUGACACUGUAAAACCGUGAUGUGAUUACAUGUGAUGUAUACAUAACAGAAUCCCUUCCACUACAAAGAUGUCUCUACAUUGUCAAAACAGAUGCAGUGGAUUGUUGGUUAGUUGUGUCUCUUGAGGCCUGAACACCAUCAUAAAGGACUUAAGGGUACACAUGUCUCAACUGAAACCUAUUCAUUUUUUGGCUGUAAAGGGCCAUAAACAUGGAAUACUAGUUAAGUGGGCUUUAGGCCUCCUUGUAUGUUUGAUAAAUAUUUGUUUUAAUUCAUAUUUAUUUCUCUAAUCAAAACCCAAAGAUUUUUUUUAGCCAACGACAUGUUGACAUGUUAGUAACUCCAAAAUGGCUUUGUUUGCCAGCUUCUUAUAAUGGCUGAUUGGUGAUAGUCUUUUAUGUUUUUUUUUUUUUCUUCUGUCUGAUUUUCAACUAGUGGGUGAAAGUCUAAACUGUAUCUGUUCUUCCAUUUGGUGAAUUUCUUUUGCAGUUUGGCAGCGGGCAUUUCGGAAACUUCAAGACUUGAGACUAGCAGUGAUGAUAUGUAUUGGUUGUACCCUUACUGUCCUAUUUUCAAAUGAAUAACUGUAAACUUGCACUAUUGAAUGUUUAUCUCCUCCAUCCAUAUCAUCUUUAACUUUUUAGAAGUCUACCAAAUGACUGGGACAUAUGCUUCUAAUGGUAUAUACAACAUUUUAUGAGGAAUAUCUUUUCAAUGGAUGUUUUUUACUUAUCAGCUUUAUAUUGCACUAGUUUUGCAGUUUUUCCCAUAAUGGUCAUCUAUGAAAUCUUUGCAUUAUCUCUAUAGUCUUAUUUCACUAGUGCUAAAAAACAUUUAUCACUGCCUUAAAACUAAGCUAUUGUGCUCCAGCUUCGACCUUAUGCUGUUUUGGUGCAGGGUUAUGAAGAGGUCAUCAUUCCUUUUGAGAUAUUUCACCAUAUGGAUGUCUGUCUGAUUACAUCAUACUGUUAUGUGUAUGUGCAUGCUAGUUAGUACAGUGGGGCUAGGUUUCAGAUAAAUUUUCCAGUAAAAAUCUGAAUGUGCUGUCUCAAGGUUUUAAACAAUAAAGUCCUUUUUUUAUGA